AUGACGACUCAACACAUUAGGAACAAUCUCCGGGAAGAGCUACGUCUGUCUGAUGAGCAUAUGGACGUAGAUAUCAGUAUUGCGCUCAUCGCGCUCAUAACAUCUGCCGUGCGUGACAGCGAAUCAACAUGCACCCUAGAGCAGAUAGUCCGUGCGGUGGAGAAUGCUGAUGCCGCCACAUAUCUCGAACCAUUGACACUACUUCCUCUCCUUAUACCCUGCCCUAGAUUAGGUUCCGAGGAGAUUAUUUCUCUGAUGAACCGAGCGUGUAGCGCGAAGGAAGUGAUAAUGGCAGCAAUGGAAGUUCUUGAAAACAUAAACCGCGUCCUGGAUAUAGAUGACGAUGCCGAUGCCGAUGCCGAAGGUGGUACCCUCUCAUUUCCUCAGCAGAUCUGUCGGCUCAUCCAAAUAUUCAACCAAUCGAUUCCUCGCUUACCGAAGCGAAAGAAAUCCCCGAGUGAAGUUGUUCGACCCCUGUUCUCUGAGCUACAGUCCAUUAUGUCUCGGGCACCCACUGGCAACGCGGUGGAAAAUCGAGCCAUUCUCACUGCAGCAUCCGCCCUCGUAACAUCUGCAUAUGGGUGGGCAAAGUCUGACCCCGCGUUCGAUGGAGAUGAAAAAUCAACGAUAACUAUUAUCUUGACCACGUUUCUGGGCGCUGCUCUAGAAGCAUGCGCUAUACAUAUCGAGGCGAACCUCGCGCAAGCUGCGUUCAAAGAGAAUUUUUCAAGGCUUGUGAUAUCUUCUCCCGGACAAGACCAUUCCUCGAGGAAUGAAGAUGUUGUUCACGAUGUUUGGAAAGCUGGCCAUUUGCUGGAUCUGACAAUCGACACUUGUGAACGGAAUCCAUCAUUGGGCUCUUUCAUCCUUCUUGCGCACGCGCCUUCGUACAAAUUCUCCGUCCCUAUUCUCACCGUUUUCUUUCCCAUUAUUAUCAUGUGCAUCCGAUCGAACAAGAUCCUCGACGAGGUCAUCUCUGUGUUGAUACGGACCAUUGUUCCUCUAAAAUCACAUUCACCGCGCUCAGAACUCUCGCUGGAUCUACUUGUCCCUCUUGCGCAUCUACUCCCUUUGGUGGCUGGUGUGCACCCGGAUCCGUCGACACGUCACCAACUCUAUCGCCUCCUUUCCUCUGUCCUUACUCUAGCUCCAUCUAUGUUUCGGCUGCAGCUUCUUCAAGAGCUUCUCACUGAUGCCGACUCUUCGCCCCAAAUGCGUAUCGCUCUGGUUGGGUUACUCAGGGAGGCGGUGCUUGAGGCACUUGCAGCACCUCCAGACAGCGCCCAGUCUAAACAGAAUGUGUUUGCAUCGCCCAUUUUCCUACACACAUUCGCCCAGAUCAUACUACGGCCGGAUCCUCCUGAUUUAUUCACCAAGGCGAUCUCAGCAGAUGAUUUCUUGGAUUCUCCAGAACCAUUGAGACUGGUUGAAUGUCUGGCUUUGUACUAUGUUCUUCUGAUGAAAGAUGUGCGUAAUAGGACGGGUAUUAGAGACCAGGACAACUUACGGAAUGUGAGAGUCUCGCUUCUAGAUCCGCUUCGGUCUCGAAUAACGAUUUGGAGUAAUGAUAUGUCUAAGGAGGCAAAUUCGGCGCAUGGCGAUGAAUCUGCUACGCAAUUUGGCAUAUUAGACAUGUGGUUGGACCGCAUCUUUGAUGUAGUAGACGACCUUGCCCAUGCACAAUAG